AUGGCUGCCAAUGAAGAAGAUGAAGAUGAAGAAGAAGAAGCUAUGGCACAACGAAUUAUACGCCUGACUGAUAUUGCUAAAGAACCACUAGAAUUUCUUUCUCCGAUCUGUGGUUACGAAGAAAUGCCAAUAGUUUCACUCGAAGCAGCAGUUGAGAAACUUGUGAAUAUUUUACCGACUAUUCAAAGUCAUGCCUAUGUAGCAAAACAAAGAUGUAAGAAUCCAACUGAUGGACUUUCACAAGAUGAAUCCGCCGCGAUUAUGUUGUAUACAAUGGGAUGGGAGCCGCUCGAUAAAUGUCUCUACGUUGUACUGAAUGCAACUCUGCGAACAGCAAAUCGACAACAAUUAAAACCGUGGCUUCUUUAUUUAAGACUCUUUGUUAGCGCACUUAUUCGCCUUCCACCACUGCGUGAAACUGUAUAUCGUGGAAUAAAAUUAGACUUAGGUCCUGAAUAUAAAAAGGGAGAAACAAUCAUUUGGUGGGGUUUCUCGUCAUGUACCAUUGAUGUAAGUAUUCUACAAUCUGAAUUAUUCCUGGGAGACAAAGGAACUCGAACAAUGUUUACGAUAAUAUGUGAUUCAGCUAGAGAUAUUCGUAAACACUCGUACUAUCCGAUGGAAGAUGAAAUGCUGCUUCUAGCUGCUACACAGUUUAAAGUUACUGGAUGUCUUAAUCAAGGUGAUCUUCGUAUCAUUCAACUUAAAGAAACUCAACCACCAUUUCCUCUUUUGCAACUCGUGCCAUCAACUUCUCAAACAAUCAAUAUAUCUUCUUCUGUUUUGAAUGCACCAGUAACAAUAAAAUCAAUACCUAUCACAAAACAAUCAAUGUCAUCAGUAAAGAAACCCACAGCUGUAUUGGGAUCAUCUGCUCAGGACAAAAAUGCUGUAUUAAAACAGCUUAUUUUGGAACAAAAAGAUCAUUCAAUAUUGAAUUUAAGUUCUAAAAACUUAGCCGACCCAGAUAUGAAAAUGGUGGCCUUACAUAUACAAGAAAAUUCGAAAACACUUGCAAAACUUGACCUUUCUGCCAAUCAAGUCGGACCUCGAGGAACACAACAUCUAUGUGAUGCAAUACAAAACAGUACAGCACUUAUAAAACUUGAUCUCUCCGAUAAUAAAAUUGAAGCUCAAGGAGCGCAAUAUCUCGCCGCCGUGCUGCAAAAUAAUGUAGCACUUAAACAUCUCAAUAUCUCCCAUAAUUAUAUUGGAAUUGAAGGAGCACAACAUUUAGCUGAAGCACUACAACAUAAUACAAUACUCACGGAACUCAAGCUACAUAGAAAUAAACUCGGAGUGGAAGGAGCAAAACAUCUAGCUAAAGCAUUAACCUAUAAUAAAACACUUACAGAAAUUGGUCUUUCUCUUAAUCGUAUCGGAGAUCAAGGAAUGCAAUAUAUAGCUGAAGCAUUUUGA